CCAGGCACAGAUUCUCCAGGAAAGUGGGUAAUUCUGAUCCGGAAUGAUUCCCCAGGAGCCCUAAGUUUAUAACAACAGAUUUUAAGAGGAAAAAGACUUCUGGAAGACCGGGGAACCAAAAAAACAAGCAAACAAACAAACAAACCAGCCAGCAGUCGACUUCACUUUCAAGGAAAAGAUGCAGAUGCGGGUCGGGGAGGCAACCCAGGUGUGGCUCUGCAAGGACCUCGGCGUCGCUACGGCAACCCGGGCUGCGUCACUUCCGGCGUUACCUGUGGCGUUCCGGGGAGCCGUAAACAAGGUGUGCGAGCGCCGGAGAGCUGUCGGGAUGCAGCAGAGCGGAGCGGCUGGAGGCCGUGGCUGCGCGCUCUGGCCCCUGCUGGCGGUUUUGUUCUGCCCCGGUGCUCACGUGGUCCUUUCCUUGGAGAUCAAAGUGGAUGCCCACGUCCGGGGUUACGUGGGAGAAAAGAUCAAGCUGCGAUGCACCUUCAAGUCGACGGCGUCGGUCAGUGACAAGCUCACCAUAGACUGGACGUACCGCCCGCCCAGCAGCAGCCGCACGGAAUCAGCAAGUAUUUUUCAUUACCAGUCUUUCCAGUACCCAACCACAGCAGGCACAUUCCGGGACCGAAUUUCCUGGGCUGGAGAUGUGUACAAAGGGGACGCAUCUAUAAGCAUCAGCAACCCGACCCUCAAGGACAACGGGACGUUCAGCUGCGCCGUCAAGAACCCCCCAGACGUGCACCAUAAUAUCCCAGUGACGGAGCUGACAGUCACAGAACGGGGCUUUGGCACCAUGCUCUCCUCUGUGGCCCUGCUCUCCAUCCUCGUCUUCAUCCCCUCGGCCGUGGUGGUCGUCCUGCUGCUCGUGCGGAUGGGGCGGAAGUCUGCGGGGCUGAAGAAGAGGAGCAAGUCCGGCUACAAGAAGUCCUCGAUCGAGGUUUCCGAUGACACUGACCAGGAGGAGGAGCAUGACUGCAUGGCCCGCCUCUGUGUUCGCUGCGUCGAGUGCCUGGACUCAGACUACGAAGAGACCUACUGAUCAGCGCCCCCUGCCCGAGGAAGAGACCCCUGCUCCCGGGACUUGCACCCUGUCUGAUGUCUCCAAGAAGCAGAGUGGGCCUGGCCCCAGCAGUGGCGGACCCCAGGGGUCACCAGCAAAGACUCACCGUGUAUUUAUUGAAGAAGUUUUCUUCUCGUAUUUAUAAACUCUUCGAAAGUGCUCAGAAGAGACAAAGCCUGACCCUUCUGGGUAACUCAUCUUUGACCUGAAGGGAGGAAUCCUCCUUCUGCCCCGAAGGGUGCCGUUUGUUUUGGCUUUGCCCUUGAAUGCAUGCCAUGAUUUCUCCCCAUGAUGCCAGCGAGGACCCUGCACAGGCCGCGCUGCUGGUGCCAAUGUCCUGUGUGUCUCUUUGUUACAAAGUGGAGCAUGUUGCUUCCUGACGUGCUGCCAAACACGUUUGCUUGGGGAAAAGUAUUCUUUGUCAUGUGCCCCUUGCACAUGGGCCGCCGUGAACAAGCGAGUGUGCCUCGCACCGUGUCCCCGUGAGUCCGCAGGGAGCGCUCAACCUGUCUCCUUGGGCUCUGCGGGAUUCAGCAGGCCAGUGGCUUGACUGAGCUUUAAAAGUGUUAUGUAUCAUUAAUGGACUAUGAAGGAAAGCGCGGGGGGAUUCUUUCUGUCUCAUUGGGUGCAGUUUAUUUUUCUGUCUUCCAUUUGCCCUGCUGUCUGGUUUCCUUCUUGACUUUUCAAAUAACAGGCAAGAAAAACUCUCUGAAAGUUCUCAAGGGGCGACUAGUAUAUUUAACCAAAACUUUUUUUUUCUAGUUUGGCGUAAACAAAGGUAUUUACUAGUGGUUCUUGCACAAUAUUGAGAAUAGGGAAGUAAAGCUGUACUUCUCCCUUCUGUCCUUACAAGACCUUCUGUCCGCUUUCUGCCCUUUUCUAGAGCCAUAUAUUCCAGAUUUUAAGGGGCUGGAAAUUACCUACGAACCCCUAAAGUAGGUGUGACAUGUGAGGAAAGACAGACAGCAGAGUCCCCAGGAUAGGGUGGUGGGGGUCGCUCUCCAGGCCCGAGUCAUGAACUCCCCUCUCCUCAUGCCUUGGUGUUCGCAGCAAGACUGUCCUGUCCCUGGUAGUUCUCAGGGUUCCCUGGAAACAUUAGGGGCUAGACAGAUAGUACAGCAGGCAGGGUGCUUGCCUUACACGUGGUUGACCUGGGUUCUUUCCCCGGCACCCCAUAUAGUCCCCCACGCAUCCUCUGAAAUGACUGCUGAGCACUGCUGGGUAUGACUCCCCCCCCAAAAAAAAACCCCAAUAACAUGUAAUAGCAACAUACACUAUAUAUGUUAUCCAAAAAUCAUGGAUUUGUUUAUUUUUUUGCCUCGGUCUAUUUAAAAACUUGAUGGAAUCCAUUGCCAAGAUUUUGCGUGGCCUCCCUGGUUAGCCUGGCCCAGAGAGUAGAGUCAGGUUCCUUGGCCAAGUCUCCCGACUUCUUGUCCUGUUAGCAACAGAAAGAGGCUGAGCUUGUCACCGUUGGCAGUUUGCAGCCCUGGUGGUUAAACCUCAUCCACUUGGCCUACUUGUCAGUAUGUGGUUGCCUGUGGACCAACCCAGUGAGACCACUUCCCGCAGUUCCACUGAGAGCUUGAGCACCAAGCUCACGGACAUCAGCAGCUGGAGACCUAACUGCUAAGCCUUUGCAUGUGUGUUCUCCUGAGAAAGAUUCUGGGAACCUGAUGAAAGCCACAUCCCACGGAAUGGGGAACCAGUUUUGACAGCUGCUUCCUCACUUAGGCACGCUUGGGGGCUACAUCGGGAGGCGUAUUUAAUGCUGAUGCCAUGGUUUGCAUCCGGGUCUGUAGCCUGGAUCAUGAUUUGAUGCAGUUCCUUUCUUUUCACAUACCAGAACAACUGAGUCCUUUCUGCGAGAACAGUAACGGCUAGUCUAGGGGCCUCUGGUCACCCCAGUUGUUGGCCCUGCUGUCCACUGCCUCCUGCAGCUCUGGUAGGGAAACCAAAUUUAGUUUUUUAAAAUCUGUCUUCAAAGAACCAUAGAGCAGUGUUCGGACACUUUUUUAAGAGGGAGAUAACUUUUUUUUUUUUUUAACCUACUGUCUUAACAUCUUCUAAGGUGCUAUUCUCACUUUCUCUUGCUGUUCCCCAAAUUCUGGUCACACUAGGCCAGCCUGUCGGACAAGGGGCUUUUCUUCUGAGACUAUGAAGUGAUAAAAAAAAAAAAAAACUUCUCAGAAUUGCACCUCUGGUAGCCAAAGCUCUGACUUCUGACGAUGCCACCUUUGGGUUUUGCGCAUCGAAACUUUUUGUAUUAUUACAAAAUGUGAAUUCAAAUAUGCUUCCUGAGGGCUUUAUGGAGGGACGUCUGCAGCUCCACGAAGCUCCCAAGCGGGACCCUUGCCACUUCCCACUGAAAAAACAAAACACCGAGCAAAUAAAAUAACACAGCAACAUCCAAACCUGCUGAAGGCCAGAUGUGGAACUGCAUAUUCGAGGAGCUACAAGAAGAAUCUCAGUGGGUGGCAAAACAAUCGUCUUCUUGCACCCCUGCAGCCAUGGAAAGGGGCAGCCCCUCGGUUGGGAGCUCAGUGUUGGCCCGUGGGACUAUUCCCGGCGGUGUCUCCCAGCCUCUGUCGCUGCAUUCCUUCUCGCAGGUGUGUGCACCGUUGGGAUGUGUGCACCCACACUGCAAGAUCUUGAGAUCUUUUAACACGAUUGUUAAUAAACUUCCUUG